UUUUACAUGACGCUUUAAACCGAAAAUCACGAUCAAAGCCAUAUACUAUGGCAUUAAGUGCACGUGUUGGACGGUCAGCAACAAAAGAACAAUAUAUAUUUUUGAAUCGUGAAUCAACAUCAGGUGUUAAACUUAUUAAUUCUUAUCUUUAUCAGGAUACUGAAGAUCGUUUUGAACGACCACCUUUUAUUGGCACAUUCGAAGUGACUAAAAGAAGUACAUCAGGUGUUAAAUAUUUUACUAUUAUGAAUAUUCAUUUAAAACCUACUGCUGCUUAUCAAGAAUUACUUGAUAUGCGUUAUGUUAUAGAAGAUUUUAUUAUUAAUAAUUCUCAAUAUUUUAGUGAAACAUCAAUAUCAUUAGCUCAAGCUUUAGAACAAAAUGUAAUUGGUGCAACAUCUAGUAAUAAACCAAGUUUAAAAACAAAUCAUCCUAUUUUAAUUAUUGGUGACUUAAAUGCAGAUUGUUCAUAUAUUUCACUCACACGUCAACAAUCACUUCGUUCUGUUGAUUAUGCUGAUUUUGUAUGGAUGAUAAAUAAUGAAGUUAAAACAAAUACACGACAAACAUGUACCUAUGAUCGUAUUCUUGUUAAUGGUGACAAAUUUGUUAGAGCUAUUGUACCAAGAAGUAAUACAACCGUAAACUUGCAACAACGCUUUGGUAUGACAUUGGCUCAAGCACUUGAUAUUAGUGAUCAUUUUCCAGUUAAAUUUGAUAUUAAUUGGUAA